AUGGCCACGUUAGACUCGUCCUCCAUCCUCGCCACCCUCCAAACCUGGUACACUAACCUAACAUCCAAUCUCUCCAACUCCCUCUCUUCCCUGACGCUGCGCGACUACAUCCGCCUCGUCUGGAUAAUAGGCGGCUACCUCUUCCUACGCCCGUACAUAGAUGCGGGUUUCCGCAAGCUCCUCAACACUAAUAUGGAUAAAGCCGACGCGGAGGAGAAAGAGCGGGAACGAGCGGAGGUGGAGGCUGCGAAUGCGGGUUCGGCCGGCGCGAAGGCGAAGAUCUCCGCGAAUGCGCUGAGGGGCGCGCUGGGUGUGGGGAGUGAUAGUGAGGAGAACGAGGAGGAAGGAGAGAACGGGACGGGAAGGGUGGCGAAGCCGUCGGGUGUGCCGCAGUGGGGGAAGAGUGCGAGGCGGAGACAGAAGAGGGUGUUGAGGCAGCUUGAGGAGGCGGGGGAGAGACUGAGAGAAGAUGAAGAUGAUAAUGAUAUUGCUGAUUUGCUGGAGGAUUGA